UGAAAGGGGGUUUAACCGGUCACCCUUCUCGGCUAGCGGACCUUAUCUUCCUCAAAAUGUACCGCAUUCCUUAAUCAGUGCCCGCCCUUACGUCGUACCACCAAUGUACGGCCGAUACGUGAAGGCAUAAACUCGACGGCUAUCCCAGUCCAUUGUACGAUUCUGUCACGUCCUUUUUUCCAGUCUCAGAUCCACGAUGCUUUCAGCAGGACAGCUCAUAUGGGUCUCCUUCCGACCUCUGUUACGAUUGGUCUUGAGCAUACUUGGAGGCUUCGUUAUCACCAAAGCGGAUAUCUUCCCGGCGGUCGCUGCAAGAGGCGCAGGACGAGUCGCUCUGGUACACGAUAUUCGUGUUAAUAUUGCAAUGCCUUGCCUCAUGUUUUCGAAAAUGGUACCCGCGUUUUCCUCAAGUAAUAUCAGCGUCUUAGGAUCUCUGUUUGCAAUUGGCGCUACCUAUCAAUUUAUGGGCACCGGCUCGUACUGGGUGAUCGAACAGUUCUUCUGGGUUCCACAUCGCUUCCGCUAUGGAAUGCUUGCUGCUGCGAUGGCUGUCAUCAUGAGCAUCACUGGAGCAGCACCAUUCAACGGCGAGGCAGACCAAGACCUUGCUGUAGCUUAUGUUUCGGCAUUAAUCCUGUAUUAUAUGAUCAGUAAAUCUCUCAUAAAGACUUCUCCAUUUGACAAUACCUCUCUAGUUGACUUUCUUUCCGCUGGGGGAAACAGGCUAAUUGCAUUGGACUUCAAGGGACCGGAGGUCGAACCUGAAGAAGUCCAAGAAAGCAUUCGCACAGGAUGA